AUGGUCCGUAAAGUUUAUAUCAUUCUGUUGACUUUUAUCCUAAUGGAUCUUGCUUUGUAUCUCGGCUCUAUACUCCAGAACGACGGCAACAUAGACUGGGACGUAGCAGACCAAAUAAACGCUAGUUGGGUGAAAUGGCGACAGGUCUCUGCAACAGUAUGCGAUCGUAGAACGCCCCUUCAACUCAAGGGAAAAAUUUACAAAACGAUCAUUAAGCCUGUCGUGCUGUAUGGCUCUGAAUGUUGGGCAACGAAAGUCAAUGCUCUUACGUACGAUAAGAAAACCCUGGACGGAAUGGUGUUAAAAACUCUCUGGACAAAAGUAUAUACAGGAUACGAUCCUAAAGUGAAGGAGUUGGCAAUUAAUACAUUGAGAAAGACAGGAGAUUACGACAAGCUGAUUGUACAUCUAAUGAAGGUGAAAAAGGAGAAAGUUCAGAAAAUACUAAAUUUGCUGUCGGAAAUUAUCAUUACAUACAUGAAUUGA